AUGGCACAAGUUCAGUAUAAUAUCGCUAUUGAACAUUUGAAACCGAUUGGUGAUAAUUUAUGGCUUGCUGGUGCUCUUGAAGGUCUUUGUGCCGUUGGUAUGUGUCGACAUGAUCAUUUCUCAAAUCUUAGUUCAAUGCGACCGAAAUCUAUGCAUCAACGUCCUUUAGGUGAACAUUUAUCUAAUGGCGGAUUCAGGAAAUCACAUUCACAAGAAUCAGAUAUGUUAGGACAUUCUACAUCUUCAAGUCUAGAUUUGGCAUCAUCGAAAUCUCAUCAUCCUAUUAUCAUAUCAUCCACUGAUUGCUGUAAUUAUGCUUUGGAGACAAUGGAAUUGUAUAAUAAGGUUGAAUUAAAUCCUUAUCUUUUUGAAGAGUUCAAGUUUAAGGUGAUUCGUUUACUUAUCACUGAAUCGCAAAAACGUAAAGCCUGUGAAAUUCUUGAUUCAUUGAUCACAUCAUCUCUUUCCAGAUUUUGUCCAGAGGAUCCAUGUUCAGUUAAACGUUAUCUAACUAUUGUACAUUUGUAUAAAGCAAUGAAUUUUAAUCGUAAGGCCAGUUUAGCUCUUUGGCUUUUAACUGGACCGCAUGAUCUAAAUCUUGUCGACUUUGAACAUGAUACCCUACUGACUGAAUUAAUUUAUUCACCGAAUGAAAAUCGACGUCCAUCUAGUGCUAUCUGUCGAUUAAUUACUAAUCCACCAUUAUGGAGUCCACUGAUUGUAUUGAAUCAGGUGAAUAGUCCAACGCGUAUAACAACGACAACCACAACCACAUCGAAUACAACACCAGGAACAAUAAUGCAUACAGGCGCUGGAUUGAAUGCAACAGCAACAAUAUCAUCAUCAUUAACUGGUGUAAUCAAUAAAUUUAAGUCAUUGCAUUAUAUUACACGUUAUCUUAGUUCAACUGUAAAUUCUCAUUUGAAUAAUUUAUAUGCAUCAAAAUCAUCAAUACAAUUUCGUUCAGUUGGUUGGUGUGAAUUACAAUUAAGUGUAAUGCAUUAUUUUAUAAAUCAGUAUAAAACAAAUAUUAAUUUAGAGGAUACUUCAGAAAUUUCAUGGGAUAAUGGAUUGAAGCUUAUUGGGUAUUGUUUCUCCGUACUUGAUAGUUGGCCUGAAUAUACAGAUGAAGCCAGUUGUAUAUCAUGCAUGGAUGAUUUAUGCCGUUUAGCUGUACUUCGUUGUCCUGACCAACCGGUUAAUGCACCUAGUAUGACUAUACUGAAUUAUCAGUCGAGUAGUGGACGUUCUAGGCGAUGGCCACGAAGUCAUCGAGUAAUAUACUCAAAUGGUUAUUAUUGUUAUUAUUCGAAUGGGAAUAAUGAAGGAAUUCAUACCAAAGCUAAUGAAAGACAAAUGUUGGACUUGGUUGAAAUACCAGUGCAUCAACUACCACUAGUUCGAUCAAUUAUUAUACCUCCAUUACCAAGUCAUUUGAUACCUCAUUCAAUUUCUAAAAAUGCAGCAGAAAGUGUAGUACCGCUAAGUAAAAGUCGUGUAGUUGUUAUUCGUGCUGAUCGAAGCCAAUCUAAACAAUCUGAUACAGCAUAUUCAGCAGAAUUUACAAAACCUUCUGGUCCAUUUGUUUAUAAUCCUUUUCAAACUGACAGUCAAACUAAUUCAAAAAAUUCAACUGUUGAUUGGGUUUGUGAAGAACCUGGAUACAUUGAGCUAAUAGUCGAUAAUAAAUUACCUAUGGACCUAAGGAUAUCUGGUGUGCACGUUGAAUUGAUGCCAAUUACCGGUGGUGGACUAACAAAAGAACCCUCACCAAAUCGUAUAUCAUUUACAACAUCAGACUAUGAUUCAUCGUUCAGUAAUAAUACUAUGAAUGGUGGGUGCUCGGACAAUCUAUCAAGCCUAAUUCACUUGGAGGCUAUCUGUCUAGUUGUAGAAACACCACAAACAACUAAAAUUCUAUCGACGAAACAGUUGGGCGCCUGUCAGUCGGAAGAUACGAAACAUCAAAGUAAAGAGAAUGGAUUUUCUGGUCAAUUGGAAAAUAAUUGUCUAUUGGAAGAAGCUGACUUACGUCGUCAAUUUCCCAAUUCUAAUGCAGAAUGCUUUUGGCGAAAAGCUACUGUAGAUGUAAAUUGUAAACUGCCAUCACGUACUAAUGGAAUCAAGUUGUCUAUCGGUGUAAUUCCAACUGUAGAUAUGCUAUUUUCAGGCACUUCAUCUGAUGAACCAAAUCCAUGCGCUCAAUAUAGAGUUGUUGGAAUCACUUAUCGUCUAGUUGAUUGUGGUGGAAUGCGAGUAUGCCUACGACCACCAUUCAAAUAUAUUUAUUCUAUGUCUUCUUGUGGUGUUGGCAGUGGUGGCGGUGGUGUUGGUGUUAGUGGUGAAUUACCUCAUAGAGGAGGACAUGAAAGACAUCCAAGUUGUUCAUCUACAUCGACGCUGUCAACUGUUCGUUCUUCUUGGACAUUUGGUUCUGAGCCGAUAUUUUCAUCAAUUAAUGCUUCAGGCGCAUAUGAAUUUGACAAUGAACAUCUAUUGUCGAAUGCAUUAGGUAUACAAUUUUCAUUAUUACCAAUGAUUAGAUUACAACCUGCUAUGCCAAGAUUAUGUAUUUUUCCAGGUCGUAUAUGUAGUGCAUUUGAUUUAACAGAAGCUAUGAAUAUCUUAAAAGAUGAAGUGGAUGUUAAGCAUACAUGUGAUUUAACCAAACAAAUGCACAAUCUUGGCCUGUCGAGAUUUCGUGUCCCUGAUCCAUCGAAAUGGUCUAAUCGUGUAGCAGCUGUGUUAGACUUGUCCAUAUUUCCAUAUGAGACUAGAUGGUUACCCAUAGAAUUAUACAUUCGUGAUGAGAACAGAAUCAAUAUUCCAAUGGUGAAUAAAAACAAUGCUGAUAAUAGCAGUGACAAUGAUAAUCCUAUCAAUCAUAAUGAUCAUAACUAUAGUAAUAAUAGUAAUAAUACUAAUAGUCCUGAAAACAUUUAUGAUUGUGAUGGUUAUUAUUGUUCACUGAAACGUCAUCUCAAUCUUCUGCAUGUCAAUGUCAAAUCAGUAUCAACAAGUUUAUCAUUGUUGACGAAAUUAAACUUGACUGCAGCUGAUUUUAUCCAAUGCAUUGGUAUUGAAGACAUUCGUAAGAAGUUUCCUUUACCCGUAGAAAAUUAUGAAGUUCCGGGUUCACUGCCUAAUGAUUACUCUGAUUUCGAUGAACACCUCUUACCAUUGUACGCUACUCAUGUGGGUGUUAUUUGGUUACGAUUUGAUUCAGAUAAAUACUGGCAGACUGUGACGAAUCGAUUGUCUACAGAUCCUGAAUUAAAUGAUCUCGUGAAAACUAUUUCAGUUCAAUCGAUUUAUAUUGAAUUAGAAAUUGAAUAUGCAUUGGAUGCAGUGAUAAGAACACCGUCAUUCGAAGUGAAUGAAAUAUCCUCCAGCUUUAGUCAAUCACAAGCAUCGUCAUCAUCACCAUCACCACCAGCUGUAGCUCGUCGAAUUUCUUUAGGAUUUAAAUUAAAAUUACUAUCUUCAAAUUGUUCUCCAUUGAAUAUACACGAUUUAAUGUUAACCUUUGAAGAUGAGCCAUUAACAAAUGAAGAUAAUAAAAGUCGGUAUCAGUUUAAUUCAAAACUUAAUGGACAUUUAUUCGGUGAAAAUAUUCAAGCUCAAACAUUUCUGUAUGGAUCUGUUGAAGCGAAUUUGUCGUAUUCAUUUCUACCUCAGUUGGUUAUGAAGCCUGAACAUAUUUUAAAUUAUCGUCUUGAAUUGGAGUUGAAAGAAUCUUGGAAUGAUCAUCAAAAGGAAAGUUUAACAACACCAGUUCGUUUAAGUAGUCAAUGGGUACAGUAUUCAUUACCUCUGAGAAUGAAUAGUUUCUCUAGGCGUAAAUCAUCUGUAUCAACUUCAAGUGUUUCUUUUAAAUUUUCAAAUGAAACAACAUUAUCUUCACAAAAAUCAGUUCCGUUAAAUUUUGAUUCAAAUGAAUUAGAUGGUUUAGAGAAAAUGCAUCAAAUUCGUUUACCGUUGAAUGGAAUUAGUGACUUGAUAUUUAAUAAUAAUAAUAAUAUGAUGAUGAUGAAACUAAUCAAUACAGAUCGAUUAAAAUCAAAUGAAUUAGGCAUUCCAAUACCAGUGAAAAGUGAAGUGCCAGGCAAUGUGUUGGAGUCAAAUAUCAAGAUAUUUUGGUUCUCGCGUUUAUAUGCACGUUGUACAUCGUUGAAAUCACCAGAAUCUUAUUCUACCAGUGAUAAUUCUAAAGAUUAUGAACAACAAAUCAGCUUAUGUUCACGUUUUCGUCGUUAUGGUCGAAUAAUUUUAUCUUCACAUGAAUGUCAAAUUGAUCCGAAAUGGCUUCUCAAUGAGAAGCCUUCUAUGCCAUUGGCUAAACCAUGGUAUGAAUAUCCAUUUCUGAAUUCUGGCUCAUCUGUUGGUCUUCUUUGGGCACAUAAUAUAUGGAUAGAUAUUAGUUUGGAUCCACUUUCUGAAGAGAAAAGUCAAUCCAGACUACGACAUAUUGCCACUAAGAAACUUGAUCCUCAAAGCCAGUUAUGCCUGCAAUGCCGUCAAGAGCUUCCUUCAUCACGUCAAUUGAAUAAUAUGACACGAAGAAUUUCGGCUACAUCUAAUGAAUCACAACCAUUGGGCCAAGUAAAAAGUUAUGUAAAUGUUCGGAAAACUGAAAUGAUUAUAGAAUCUCGAAAGAUUUCUAUGCCCGACUUAAGAUCACCACAGUCGGCUAAACAAAUAGAUAAAGAUGAUCUUUACACAUCAUCUCGUAUAUGUACUUAUCCGUUGAAUCCUGUUUCUGUGUCUAUUAAAUGUGGCACUAGAAGUAAUUUAUUUCGAAAUAUUCGUAUCCAAAAUGAUUCACAUGUAACAAAUUCUGAUAGUAGUAAUACUCCUCAAGAUAACCCAUCAAAUGCUUCCAAUGAGACAAUCGAUUCAACGACGAAUGAAUUUCGAAUAGAACGUGUAUGGAUGGGUCCAGCUGUAUAUAGACAUGUACAACACAUCAGUGAGGAUGAUUCCGAAUCAACUCAAACUACACUAUUAGGACCAUUGAUUGAGGGGAUAGACUAUGCGUUUGUUGGACAAGCAUCGGGCAGUAUUGGUAUCUCUGUACCUCAUUCGCCAUCAACGCCUUGUCAUAAACCUAAAUCUGUAGUCAGUUCUAUUGUAUUUUUACGUCCUGGAAAAUUUUGGGUUUGUGGAUUACUUGGAGUUCUACCACAGUCUUCGGAAUUAUCAAUGACAAAAGAUGGACAAAUACCUAAGGGAUUUCGUCUACCUUCAGUGCAUAGUGUUGAAACAAUACGUUAUUCACCAAAUGGUAUAUAUAUUCAUGUACUUGAUUCGUAUAUUCAUUAA